CAAGUGUUCUCCUCAUUCUUACACUCCUCAAACACGCUGAAGCUCUUUCCUCACGAUGACUGUAGGACUGUGUGUCGUGCUGGCCGUUCUGUGUUCAAGCUGUUUGGGACUCCCCUUCUCCUCCCAGCCCUUAGCUGAGGGCCAGCGCUCCCUCUCUGCUCCCUCUGAAGCUGUCCUCGAGGCUGACACCCACAGCUUGGGAGAGCACCUCCGACACAGCCGCUCGAACCCCCAACUGAAGGCUCUUCCUUUGAACGAAGACAAUGCAGAUUCCCGUGCGAACCUCAGCGAGCUGCUCGCAAGACUCAUCUCCUCCAGAAAAGGAUCUGUGCGUAGAAACUCGAUGGCCAACAGCAGAGGUGGCGGACUGACCAGCAGCCAUCGGAUAGCAGACAGGGACUACUUGGGGUGGAUGGAUUUUGGUCGGCGCAGUGCUGAAGAGUACGAGUACUCCUCAUAAGGAGGACUUUGCUUCUCUUCAUGGGAAAAACAAAGCAGAGGAAAAAAACACGCAAG